CUAGUUACCAAUAGUUGCGCAAUGUUGACACUAGAAAUCAUGUUUGCAUAGCAAAUAUAUGAAAUAUAUCCCAUAAUACCAGUUUCAUCCAACUAAUAUAGUUACGAAAAACAGGUCGAACAUUCGUUCGUGUUGAUUGCUGAAAACUUUUUCGAGAUGCGAGACCUGAAGUAAAAGUGAAAGUAUGGCUGUAGACGGCAAAGUACGGGAUUGGAACUUGUUUCUCGUUCUCUAUUUAAACAGUAGGUGACAUAUGACCGCAUAUGACAAAGCAUGAUGUUUCAGACAGCAUUCGGUAAUUGUCACGUUAUUUAGCGUUUAGUGGUGUAACUGAGGAUAGUGGAAAAUAAAUUGUAAUCUCGUCUACUUUGAAUAUUAUACCGAAUCUUUUUUCUCCACAAGAUUAUUGCGAAAAGAAGAGGUCAUGGGCAGAAUGUAAAACGUCCUUAAUGCUGGAGUAUUCACCGCCUAUCUAGAUAGAAAACAUAUGUAACUAGUUUUAUGGUGUUUUUGAGACCGGAAUCCUACCUGGGUUUGAAGUCUGGGUUGUUCUAGUGGAUUAGAAGAUUAGAAGAGUAGUUGCUGCUGAGAACAGGAGGGAUUCAGGAUGGAUGGUGGCAUUAAGAAGAAUCUGAAUCUUAAUCCUAGGACCAACGCCAGUCCACUGUCCCUCAUCACUUUUGCUUGGGUCCUGGAACUGUUCAGAAAGGGAUACAAGAGGGAUCUAGAAAUAGAAGAUUUAUAUGAAGAACUUGAAGAACAUCGGUCUAGUUACUUGGGCAAUGAGUUGGAGAGGUUAUGGAAUGCUGAGUUGGAGCGAGCCAGUGCAAGAGGUGUGGAUCCCAGCUUGCUACGAGUUCUGUUCAGGUGUCAUGGUCGCUGUAUUUUGUUCCUUCAGAUUCUACUGUGUUUUGUAGAAUGUUGUUUUGUGGUGACUCAGCCUAUAUUUCUUGGGGGACUGAUACAGUACUUUGGACCGAAUAGCACCAUGAGCCAUAGUGUGGCUGCUGGAUAUGCUGCCUGCAUCGUUGCCAGCACAUUUAUAUCCGUGCUAUUCUAUCAUGCUCACAAUAUGAGUGCUCUGCAUCUUGGAAUGAAGAUGAGAGUUGGACUUUGCUCUUUGGUUUACAGAAAGGUGUUGAAGCUGAGUAAGACAGCUCUGGGUGAAACGACGGUGGGCGAGGCAGUGAACCUCCUGUCUAACGAUGUGAGCAGAUUUGAUGUGUCACUUAUAUUUAUGGCCUACAUCUGGAUUGGUCCAGUAGAGAUGGUGAUUAUUGUGUACUUAAUGUGGCGCCAGAUUGGAAUUGCUACACUGACUGGCGUGGCGAGUGUUGUGGUUCUCCUUCCAGUGCAAGCUUUCUUUGGGAAGAUGAUCUCUACAUUACGUCUGCGUACAGCCAGAAGAACUGACCAACGCAUCAGAUUUAUGAAUGAGAUCAUCGUUGGCAUUCAGGUGAUCAAGAUGUAUGCUUGGGAGAAACCAUUUGCACAUCUUGUUUCUUUAGCUCGCAAAAAAGAAAUCCAAGUUAUAAGGACUUCAUCCUACGUGGAAGGCAUUCUGUUAUGUUUUGGAUGGUUAAUUGGAAGAAGGCUUGCUGUCUUCGUGAGCAUAGUAACAUAUGUCAUUCUGAACAAGAAUGUCACUCCUGAGAAGAUGUUUGUGGUCACUGCCUACUUCAGCACCCUCACAGAGUCCAUGACAAGCUUCCUCUCACUUGCAAUAGCACACUUUUCUGAAGCAUAUACUUCUGUUCAGCGAAUCAAGACCUUCUUGUUGUAUGAUGAAGUGGUGGAUGUGGCUGGACAGAAUCUGGGACCUGGGAAGUCUCUGAGUGAUGGGGCUGGAGGUGAGGGAGAUAAUGAUUACAGGAUCAGUAAUCACUUACUGGAAGCAAAGGCAGCUUCCAUUGAAACAAAGCCAGAAUGUGAUAGUAGGAUUGAUAUUCAGACUGAAGAAGAUCAAACGAAACCAGAAACAUCCCAGGAGUUUUCUGGUGGAAUCAAGAGUGCCCAUGUGACAGCCAAAUGGACUGAGGACUUGUCUGAGAACACUCUGACAGAUGUGAGUCUGGAUGUGAGGCCCGGAGAACUUGUGGCUGUUGUCGGACCUGUCGGCUCAGGGAAGACAUCACUGCUGCAUGCCAUCCUGAAGGAACUGCCCCUCAACAGUGGCUCCAUCUCUGUGGGUGGAUCAGUAUCAUAUGCAUCGCAGGAGCCCUGGCUGUUCACAGGCUCUGUACGGCAGAACAUCCUGUUUGGGCAGCCCAUGGACAGGAACCGGUACAGACAAGUGGUCAGAGUCUGUGCUCUUGAACGGGACUUCCAGCUGCUACCCCACAGUGACAGGACCAUUGUGGGGGAGAGGGGUGUCACCCUGAGUGGUGGGCAGAGGGCGAGGAUCAGCCUGGCAAGAGCUGUUUACAAAGAAGCAGACAUCUACUUGCUUGAUGACCCACUGUCCGCUGUGGACACACGUGUGGGGCGUCACCUGUUUGAGGAUUGUAUUUGUGGCUUCCUUGUGGGGAAGACUAGAGUGCUGGUCACACAUCAGCUGCAGUACCUCCACACAGCUGAUGACAUCAUUAUUCUCAAUAAUGGAGCAGUAGAAGCCAGGGGCACUUACACGGAACUGCGUAAAUCUGGGGUUGACUUUGCAAAGAAACUUGCCGUUGGACCAGAGGAGCAUGAAGAUGAGGAGAAGCCCCUUGCCAACAGCACACAAUCACCUGUACGCAGGAAUGUGCGUCACACCUCAGAGUCUUCUACUGUGAGCUCGAUGUCCUGGUCAGAGCCUCAGAUGUUGGCUGAGAUGAGGUCACGGGGCGGUGUGAGUUUCAGUGUGUAUCGGGCAUACUGUGCGGCUGGAGGGAGCUGUGGCAUCACUCUGCUGGUGUUUGGUGUGUGCAUACUUGCACAGUUUGUUUUCAGUCUGGGAGACUACUGGAUGUCUUAUUGGUCUGACAUAGAAGAGCAGCGAGCAAGUCAGAUCUGUGUUCCUGCCAAUAAUACGAGUAUGAUAAAUGUGACAUUCACAGUAGAAAAUGACAUCUCCAGCCCAUUCUGUUGCGUGAAUUCCACCAUCAUAGCAGCGACAAACUGUACUGAAUUGGAAUGGCUACCCAGCACAGAGACAUGUAUCCUUGUAUACACUGGCUUCAUAAUUGCCAUCAUUGUACUUGCAUUCAGCAGUGUCUUUUCAUUCUUUGCAAUGUGCAUGAGAGCAUCAGUCAACCUACACAACGCCAUGUUUACCAGCAUCACUCGUGCCACCAUGCAGUUCUUCAACAACAAUCCCUCAGGUCAGAUAUUGAACCGCUUCUCAAAGGAUAUGGGAUCUGUUGAUGAGUCUCUUCCACGCACAAUGAUAGACUGUGUGCAGAUAGGACUGGCACUGAUUGGUGUUGUGUUGGUUGUGGCAGUGGUGAACUUCUGGUUACUGAUCCCAGCAGCAGUGAUGUUUGCUUUCAUCUAUGUGCUGAGGGUUUGCUAUGUCUCCACGUCACGCAGCAUCAAGAGACUUGAAGGAAUAACUCGGAGUCCUGUCUUCUCACAUCUCAGUGCAUCUCUGCAGGGUCUAACUACCAUACGUGCUUUUGGCAAUGAAGCCUUGCUUGAAAAAGAAUUUGAUAGUCAUCAGGACUUGCAUUCAUCUGCCUGGUUCAUGUUCAUUGCAUCAAGUCGGGCUUUUGCCCUGUGGCUGGACUUUGCCUGUCUCAUGUAUAUUGGUCUUGUCACCUUCAGCUUCCUGUUCCUCGAUAGAGGACCACAUGGUGGGGAUGUAGGACUGGCUAUCACCCAGUCCAUAGGACUGAUAGGAAUGAUUCAGUGGGGGAUGCGACAGUCAGCAGAGCUGGAGAACAAUAUGACUUCCUUGGAGCGUGUGCUAGAGUAUACCAGUCUUGAGAGUGAGCCUCCACUCGAGUCUCCUUCUGAUAAGAAACCACACAGAAACUGGCCAAAUUCCGGUAACAUUGUAUUUGAUGAAGUUGUCCUCGCUUAUUCCAAAGAUGGUCCACCAGUCUUGAAAUGUGUCAGUUUCACUGUGAUGUCAUCAGAAAAGGUGGGCAUCGUGGGUCGCACUGGAGCAGGCAAAUCUUCUCUCAUAGCAGCUCUGUUUCGUCUGGCAGGCAUUUCGAGUGGUCAAAUCCAAAUUGAUGGUAUAGACAUUGCCUCAGUAGGUCUCCAUGACCUGCGCUCCAAGAUCUCCAUCAUCCCACAGGAGCCUGUGCUGUUCUCUGGCUCACUGAGAGAGAACCUGGACCCAUUCAGCGAGUACUCAGAUUCUGCAUUGUGGGCUGCGUUAGCUGAGGUGGAGCUGAAGCAGGUUGUAGAUGAGCUGCCCGCUGGACUGAGCCACAGGGUGUCAGAGGGCGGUUCUAACUUCAGUGUGGGUCAGCGCCAGCUCCUGUGUCUGGCCCGCGCCAUCAUCAGGAACAACAAGAUCCUGGUGCUGGAUGAGGCCACGGCCAAUGUGGACCCACAGACCGAUGAACUAAUUCAGGCAACAAUUCGUCGUAAGUUUGCGGACUGUACAGUGUUAACAGUUGCCCAUCGUCUGCACACGGUAAUGGACAGCAAUCGUAUCCUUGUCAUGGACGCUGGGCAUGUUGUGGAAUUUGACCAGCCAUAUAUCUUGCUUAAAAAUAAAAAUAGUGUCCUUUCUUGGAUGGUGGAGCAAACUGGACAUGCCAUGGCUGAGUCACUGUUCAGAGUGGCUCAAACUACUUAUGAGGGACAUUUGGAAAACACCACCAAAAAGAAAUUUUAGCCUUCCCUGACAGUGAAGUUUACCAAGAAGAGGAGUUACUAAAAUAAUCUGUAUUAUUUUAGAGAUUUAAUUUAUUUCUUGGAAACAUGGGAGAACUUCCACACCACAAAUCUAUCUGUAACAGAAAUUCGCAAACAUGAAAAUUGUUUUAGGUUCCUUUGAGAUAUUGUGUAAAAUAUUUUCAGUGUGAACCCUUUAUGUACAAGCAAACGAGAUCCAAAAAUUUAGCUAUCCCAAAUUUUGUGGUUUGGAUGGUUCACUGUAUUUUAGUAAUGUUGAAAUAUAUAAAUAGUUUUCCUUUGUUCUUAAUGUCUGCCCCUUAACCAGUCUAGAUUCUUCCCUUUGGUUCAACCAGUAACACUAACUUAUAUUCAGUACGCACCCUGCUUGAAUCUUGGAUGAAGGUUCUGGAGGUUUUCCAUUGUCCUCAGCCAUGCCAGUUACUGCCUUCAAAUAGGUCACUAUAUCUUCCUCCUCAAUUUUCUUUGCAACUUCACCAGAUGUAUUCAUCCUCUGAUAUUGUUUACUGCUAAAUAAACACUGCAGCUAAUACUGCAUCACUAUAUAAUCUGUGAUCUUUUCCAUCCACUACUGUAAUAAAAUGUGACUAUGGAGUUCAGUUUAGUUGAUUCCCAGUUUAGGGGGGAUGACAAAGAUUGUGGAUAGCGGAUGCUGAUAAAAAGGUAGCCAAGAAACAAUUUAAAGAGAAGGCCAGCACCCAGUCUGUGAUGAAAGGAGAACAUCAAGACAUACUGAAUUACUGGGUUUUUGGACUUUGUCUCAUCGUUUGGUAUUCUAAAAACUAAAAAGCACAACGUUUCAGAAACUGAGGGAUGAGGCAUUUACACUGUUGGGUCCUUAGAAAUAUCUGUGUCUAAGGGACCCAACAGAGUAGGUGUCUCCCUCCUCACCUGAGGAUGGAAACAGAUCCAUUUUUCAAAACGU